ACAGGUCGUGAUGACAAGUUCAGAGGAUGUGUUGCUCCAAGUGGGGCAAGUGCGGUACAAGAAAGGAGAUGGAACUCUGUACCUCAUGACAGAACGACUUGCCUGGAUACUUGACCAUAAGGAUACAGUUUCUGUCAGCCAUAGAUAUUCAGACAUCAAAUUGCAAAAGAUCUCUCCUGAAGGAAAACCAAAGAUCCAACUUCAGGUUGUCCUCCAUGACAAUACCACGUCAACAUUCCAAUUUGUGAAUCGUGAAGGAACAGCUGCAGCAAUAAGGGAAAGAGAUAAAGUCAAAGAUCUCCUAGUCACACUCUUACCCAAAUUCAAAAGGAAAGUGAACAAAGAACUUGAAGAAAAGAACAGGCUUUUGUCUGAGAAUCCUGGUCUUCUUCAGCUUUAUAAAGAUCUAGUUAUGACUGAAGUUGUUACAUCUGAAGAGUUUUGGUCUAACCACGCAAAGCCAUUCAUGAAUAAAAUUGAUUCAUCAAAGCAGCAAGUUGGAGUUACAGGGGCUUUUCUUGCUGAUAUUAAACCUCAAACUGAUGGAUGCAAUGGUCUUAAGUACAAUUUAACUCCUGAUAUAAUGGAGUCAGUAUUUCGAACAUAUCCGGCAGUUAGGCAGAAACACAAAGAAACAGUUCCUCAUAAAUUAUCAGAAGCUCAAUUUUGGACUAAAUUUUUUCAAUCCCAUUAUUUUCAUAGAGACAGAAUAAAUACUGGUUCCAAAGAUUUGUUUACAGAUUGUGCAAAAAUUGAUGAUCAAGUUUUAUCAAAGGAAACUGAAAGCGUAUCUGAUCCAUUGGUUGAUAUUUCUAAAUUUGAAGAUGUGAAUCUUGGAGAAGGAUAUGGGUCUCUUCCAGAUAAACCUGGCAGUCAAAAUAUCGUUCACCAAAAUAUGAUUAAAAGGUUUAACCAGCAUUCUAUUAUGGUAUUGAAGGCAUGCCAAAGCCAACAAGAGGCUCUCAGUGGAAAUGAUUCCAUAGUUACAAGUAAUGGAGCUUUAUUGAACGGCAAUUCUCCUCAAAAACCAGAAGAAAAAUCCAAUGAGCCUGCUCUAAAAAAAGCUAGAAUACAAGAGAAAAUAAUUUAUGAUGAUUUGGAUGAAAAAAGUGAAUUGUUGAAGCAUCACAGCCCUGUCAAACUUAACCUAUCAAGAAUGGAUAGAUACCUUGAAGGCCCCGUGAAGAGUGAUUGGACUAACACCUGCGAAAGUGAAGAACCGAGUGGGCCUGACAUUGCCCUCGCCGCUUGUAGACUGAAAGAGGAAGCCAAAAGCUGGCCGCUCCACUAUCCUAAUCCUGGAGUUCUUCCACCAGCUACUGCUGUAGCUGCUCUUGGAGAACUGACCCCUGGUGGCGCUCUUAUGGUUCACCAGCACGAUGAAUCCUUAGCUCAGUUGGUGAGUCCUAGUUUGGCCAAGGAAGUGACAGGCUUAUAUUGCACUUGUUGUGAAUUACUUCGCCAUUUUUGGGCUUGUUUUCCACCCACAUCACCUGAACUUCAGACUAAGGCUGAACAAAUGCACAACGCAAUUAGGAGGUUUCAUCAUGCCAGGAUAAAACCAUUUGAAAAUAAAGUGAUGUUGGACUUUUCUCCUUUAAGUCAGCAAUUGACUUCACAUUUGAAUCAGUUGCUUAAGACUGCCUAUAACAAAUAUGAAACUUGGCAAUCGAGGAGGAAACCACUUGGUAUCAGAUAACACAAAAUGCCUGUCUUUCUCCCUCCAGAUCAAGCUAUAUCCUCUGAGACUGAGGAAUAUAUAGUAGAGUCAAAGUAAGAAGACAGACUGUGUACUAUAAAACUGUAUUGAAAUAUUUUUAAAGAAAAUGAAGAUAUUUAAGGGCUAGAAGCCAUUAAUAAGACUUGUAAUUUAUUUGUACAUAGGACACCUAGCCUCGUUGACACCUAAAUGUUUGAUGAACGAGAAUUAUUAUCUAGUCUAAAUCUUGAUUUUAUAUACCACCUAAUUUACUUGUUUCUUUUCCUUUCCCAUCUGAUAUAAUUUAUUUAGCUAUAGAUAUUUUUAUGCCAAAUUACUAGGUUUUAAAGGUGAUCUAUCAUAGAUAUUGUGAAUAAAAGUUUCCUCAGCUCUUUUAAAAAGAGCUAUUUUUCUAUAAAUGUUUUGUCAUAACUAUAUUGUUGUUAUAUUCUUACUGUUUGUGAUAGUAGUAUGUAUAUGUGUACAUUAAAAAGAGCACAUCGGUGCUUUGUUCAAUAUGAUCAAUGUUAAUUAUUAAAAAAAUUAUUAGAUAUUGUUCUGUUUUGAAUCACUUGACCUUUACUUUUCAUACUCAACUC